UUCCGGGUACGGGCUCUGGCUGCGCCCGGUAGUGGCGGGGGGGGCACUGGGGGAACUGGGGGGAACUGGGGAGGGGGAAUUGGGGGCACAGGGAGCCCGGGGGUUGCCCAGGAGGGGGCACUGGGGGCCCACAGGGGGUACAGGAAUAACUGGGGAUGCUGUCGCGGGGCCGGCGGCUCCUGCGCUCCUGGAAAUCCCUGUUCACGGGGAGGCUCCUGCUCCUCACCAACACCCUGAGCUGCGGGGCCCUCCUGGCGGCCGGAGAUUCCCUGCAGCAGGAAUGGCACCGCCGCAAGCACCCAGAGAGCCAACACCAGCUGGGCAGGACUGGCCGGAUGUUUGCCGUGGGCUGCAGCCUGGGCCCCCUGAUGCACUACUGGUACCUCUGGCUGGACUCGGCGUUCCCGGCGCGGGGCGUGCGGAGCCUCCGGACGGUGCUGAAGAAAGUUCUGAUCGACCAGCUCGUGGCAUCGCCCGGCCUGGGCGUCUGGUACUUCCUGGGCAUCGGCACCCUGGAGGGCCAGUCCCUGGAGGAGAGCUGGGAUGAGCUCAAGGAGAAAUUCUGGGAGCUUUACAAGGCCGACUGGUGCGUGUGGCCGGCGGCUCAGCUGCUGAAUUUCCUCUUCAUCCCUCCCACCUACCGGGUGGUUUACGUCAACGUGGUCACCCUGGGCUGGGACACCUACCUGUCCUACCUCAAAUACAGGCCUAGAGCCACCCCAAGCACCAAGCAGGACUUGCCUCAGGAGGACCAGCGCAGUGCCAGGGCAUAGAGAGGUGGAUGUGGGCACUUCCAGAGGCUCCUGCCUGCAGCAAAUGGCCUUUUUUUUUUUGGGGGGGGGCAUUGUGGCCACUGGGGAUUGAUCGACCCAAGGGGAGCCAUUGGCUGGAGACCAGCAAGGCCAGACCACCCCUCCCCAGCCACGUGCCUCUUGCUGAUUAACUCAUCCGCUAAUUACGAUGGGUUGGGGUUGCGUUGGUAACAAUCUCCUGUUUGCAGGAUGACCUGUAAAGUGAUUUCUUCUUGGAUGUACCCGUGGAGCCGGGCUGAGGAGCUGCUGCAGCUCCCAGGAACGGCUCUGGUGCUUUCCCUGCUGCUCCAGGCUGGAUUUGUUCCCUCUCUCCAGAGCAAACUUGCUCCUCUCCAACCUCCUCCUCGGAUCCACUCCAGCCACUCAGAUCCUCACUAAUUAAUCAGGAAGGAAUUCUUCCCUGUGAGGGUGGGGAGGCCCUGGCACAGGGUGCCCAGAGAUGCAGCUGCCCCAUCCCUGGAGGUGUCCAAGGCCAG